UCCUCUGGGCUUAAUUUUAAAAACCUAUCUACUCCCUUCAGAGUGUGCACUAUAAAGAGUAUAGAACGAUAUAGUGUACGGUCGGUUGUAGUGCACUGCUAUGGGCUUUAUGGAAGUGGUUUAGGACGAAUCCGUUUGAAUAACGGGAGGUUGAGAUUGGCGCUUCCUGCGGCUUCCUGUGCGCGGGAGCAGAGCGCUCGAGCGUGUGUGUGCGCUCGCGUGUGCGCGUGAGAGUGUACGUGAAAAAAAGCCUAGUCGUAAAAAAAAAAAAAAAAAAAAAAGAUGUAAAAGAUGGCGGAGCUACAGAUGCUCCUGGAGGAAGAAAUUCCUGCUGGACGGAGAGCUUUACUGGACAGUUUCACCAACCUCGACCGAGUCGCCGAAUACUGCGAAAGUAAUUACGUUCAGUCUCCUGAUAAACACAGAGCACUAGAAGAAACAAAAAACUACACAACUCAGUCUCUGGCCAGCGUUGCCUACCUGAUCAACACACUUGCUAAUAAUGUGCUGCAGAUGCUGGAUAUUCAGGCUUCACAGCUACGCCGCAUGGAGUCCUCCAUCAACCACAUUUCUCAGACAGUGGAUAUACACAAGGAGAAGGUAGCAAGAAGGGAGAUUGGCAUCCUGACAACCAAUAAAAACACCUCCCGUACUCACAAAAUAAUUGCUCCAGCCAAUCCUGAGCGGCCGGUGCGUUACAUAAGGAAACCUAUCGACUACAAUGUACUGGAUGAUAUUGGCCAUGGAGUAAAGGUUGGAAAUCAGAGCAUGAAAAUGGGGGGUCUUCCUCGGACCACCCCUCCAACACAAAAACCGCCAAGUCCUCCAAUGCCUGGAAAGGGAACCAUAGGGAGACACUCUCCCUAUAGAACACUGGAGCCAGUGCGUCCUCCUGUGGUUCCUAAUGACUACGUCCCCAGCCCGACACGUAACAUGGCACCUGGGCAGCAACAGAGUCCUGUGCGCACGGCAUCACUGAACCAGAGGAACCGCACUUAUAGUGGAAGCAGUGGAGGCAGCAAUCCCAGCAGUCACAGCAGUAGUCGAGAAAACAGUGGGAGUGGCAGUGUGGGUCUACCGAUUGCUGUGCCCACUCCAUCUCCCCCUAAUGCAUUUCCAGCUGGUUCCACCAGCUGUUCCUCUGCUUCAAUUAACUCCACCCAACCUUCUUCUGCUUGCUCCAAGUCUGCCCAUACCCAGUCUUUAACCAACCUAACAGCUCCUGCUGAGCUUUCCCCUAUGUUCCCCACUUCUGCUGAGAUAGUAGCUGAACCACCUCCUUCCGUUCAACCCAUUACUCCUGCUACGGCUACUGCCACCUUCUCUGCCUCUUCCUCAUCUUCCUCCUCUACCUCCACUACCCCUGCGCCAGGCACUGCUCCUCAGUUCUACAGUAUGAACAGGCCUAUUCCCAGACAGAUUACUCCCCCUGUUGGUGGCUCUCUGCCUUACCGCCGCACACCCUCUGUCAGCAGCCAGUCUUCUAUGCCUGCCAGUCAGCAGAACGGAGGACCAUACUAUAACCAGGGCCAAGCCUCAGUGGCACCCCCUCCCCCCUCCAUCCUGCAGAUUACUCCUCAGCUCCCUCUCACGGGUUUCGUGGCUCGAGUUCAGGAGACCAUUUCAGAUGCACCUCCUCCACCUCCUCCUCAAGAGGAAAGUAUGUUUCAAGAAGUGCAGCCUCCUCCUCCACCCCUGGAGGAUUAUGAAGAAGAGGAGCCCUCGGUGGUGGAAUACAAUGACCCGUACGCAGAGGAAGACCCACCUUGGGCUCCAUGUGCUUACGUAGAAAAAGUGGUGGCAAUCUAUGACUACACACAGGACAAAGAGGAUGAACUGUCAUUCCAGGAAGGUGCAAUCAUCUAUGUUAUCAAGAAGAAUGAUGAUGGUUGGUAUGAGGGUGUGAUGAACGGCUCUACUGGACUCUUCCCUGGUAACUACGUGGAGUCCAUCAUGCACUACACAGAAUGAAGCUUGAACCAGUGCAGUCAGCACUAAAGCUAACACAAACACGGGUCUAACACACAAACAGACAGCUGUUACAGCAGAUGGGUUAGAUCAAAUGUUCAAGCAUGGUGUGAUAGUCAAUUGUGAUAAGCGUAAACUUCUACAGUUGAGAAAUUAAAAUGGACAGUGUGGGCUUUUCACUACGGACAGAGGGGAUGAAAUGCAAUAGAGUAUAAUAAAAUAUACUAACAAUAAAAUCCUGUUACACUAAUGUUUGAUGAAGGGUUUGGAGUACAACCACUAUUUUGCGUGUUUGAUUAAGAAGAAAAGAUAUGAAGUAGUUUUGCGAUCAAAGAAGUUUCAUAUACUAAAGAUGGCAGUGCUUUAAAAAAAAAAAAAAAGAAAAAUCACUCUAUUUUUGGUAUUUCAUUCACAGCAUAUUUUCUGAAAGUGUUAUGAAGAUAGUAGUAGGUUUUGCAGAAAGAAGUUGAAAAAGGGAAUCACUACAUACAUAUUCCGUAGGACAGCAGUUGACAAUGUUAUAAUUAAAGCAGGGGACAGACAGGAGUUCAUUAGGAGGUAAAAUAUAUAAAAUGUGUACAAAUGGAUUAAACAGGGACUGGUUAUCUAAUUGGAUUUUGGCCUCCCAUGUUCAUAUUUCAACCCAGGAAACAGAGGACUGUAGUUUCACAAUUUGAACAGCAUUUCAUAUGAAAUGAAAAUAAUGGUUUAUGCUCUUGGAAUAACAAUGAGUCCAGGUAGAAGCAAAGUUAAAAUAUUGGGAACAAAUUAUCCUAAUUUGCAAAGUGCAGGUCUCCUAAUGUAAACCCCCCGCUGUUAUAUUUUCGCCUACAUUGGGCAGAUACACAAUGCAUAUCUCCUCAGCAAAAUACACAGAAAAAAAAAUCUGAAAGAAAAAAAUAUGCAGUAUGUUGAAGUAAACCCCUUUUUUUUUUUUUUUUUAUUGUAUGUCUUAUGUAGUGAUGCUAACAAACUAGCCAAGUUGAGUUUUAAUAUGAUGUGUAGUGCUACAUAAAUUGCAUGCUCAAUAAAACAUCAUAUUUUAAUUUAAUACUCUUUUUCUUUUUACCUUUUAGUUUAAUUAUAUAGUUUAGCAAUAGUUUAUGCUCUUGCUAAGAAUUCCACAGUGUGAAUUUGCAGUCGGGUGCCAAAAGUGUGUUUAAAUAAAUAUAUAUAUAUAUAUAUUUUGUGCCAUAUUGUGGUGUUGAAAUGCUUCUAUAAUGCCUGAUAAUUCUGCUUAUUAUUACUUCCUCUGUACCACAUUCACUUUCUAAAAUGCUUUAGCUGAUGUUCAGCUCUGGAUUACAGCAGGGAUGUGUAAUUUUCCCCACAAUAUUUGUAAACAAUUUUCAGAUAGUUUACAAAUUAGGAAAGGACCGAGUAAGAGCAAGGUUGAGGAGCAAUAAAAUGGCAGCACAGUUCAAAUCCUUUUGAAGGGUUUGCAAUAAUGCAAUAACGUGGUGAAAUAAUGUGUUUAAAGAUGUUAAUUUUGUAUUUGCUCAGUAUUGAAAGCACAUAGUUUUGCAGAUGAAAUGAAAACGGUUUUGUUUGUGCAGGCAGCCAUAUUUAUAUUUAAGAUGGGACCAUUACUGUCUUAAAACCAAACACAGAUGAAUGAAAACCAAGACUGAGUUUAGUUUUGCUGUUUCUAGAGAUUUUCAGAAAUUAUACAUUUGUGCAUUAACAAAAACAGUAUAUAUAUUUUUAUUUCCAUAUGUGUGAGUGCAACUGUGCACACAGUGCAGCUGUUAGUAUGCUGCAUUUUUCUUUUACAGAGCUUAUAGAGUGAAUUAAUUUGGUAUUUGCAUGCCGCUGUUCUGUGCAUUUGUUCACAUGUAUGAGUAAUAGUGUUGUUUUAAGGCCGUUGUCACUCUUAUUAGCACAGCAGUCUGUCUGCUCUGAAGCUCAAACACUAACACAAGUGUGAUAAAUGUUACAAACAGCAUUUAACACAAGCCUGUAAAAUGGGACCACUUAAUAUUAUAGCUCACUACUCGUGGCACCAUCCAGACCAAAAAGAACAAACACAGAUGGAUAAAAUAUAUCACAAUAAAACCUUUCGCUCUG